AGAGCCAAUGUUGAGCGCUCUUCUGCGGCGGAUGCCCAGUCUGGAAUCAUGUGAGAUCCAGCAGCUGGUGAACUGCCCAGAAUCCUUCACUCCAGACAUGCGCUGUCUGAUGGGAGAGACUCCAGGCGUAUACGGGUACUUUGUGCUGGCGGGCAUGAAUUCAUCGGGCCUGUCCUUCGCAGGGGGGGCCGGCAGAUAUUUGGCUGAGUGGAUUACAUACGGAUACCCCAGUGCUAAUGUAUGGCCAUUAGACAUCAAGCGCUUUGGUAAUCUACAGAGCAGCCGGACUUUCCUGCGCCAUCGAGUUAUGGAGGUCAUGCCACUCCUGUAUGAGCUGAAAGUUCCUCGCUGGGACUUUCAGACAGGUCGACAGCUGCGCACGAGUCCGCUGCACGACCGAUUGGACACUCAGGGGGCGCGCUGGAUGGAGAAACAUGGCUUUGAGCGAGCCAAAUACUUUGUUCCAGCAGGGAAGGAUCUACUGGCUCUGGACCAGAGUAAGACCUUCUAUAAACCCGACUGGUUUGAUAUUGUGGGAGCAGAGGUGAAAUGCUGUAAAGAGGCCGUGUGUGUGAUUGACAUGUCCUCCUUCACCAAGUUUGAGCUCACAUCUGCAGGUGAUCAGGCCUUGCGUCUGCUGCAGCGUUUGUGUGCUAAUGAUCUGGACGUGCCGGUGGGUCACAUCGUCCACACAGGCAUGCUAAAUGAGAGAGGAGGAUAUGAGAAUGACUGCAGUGUGGUGCGACUCAGCAAGAACAGUUUCUUCAUCAUUUCACCCACUGAUCAACAAGUUCAUUGUUGGUCUUGGAUUAAGAAGCACAUGCCCAACGAUCCUCAGCUCAACCUGGAGGAUGUUAGCUGGAAAUACACAGCUCUGAAUCUGAUUGGUCCUCGUGCCAUGGACGUGUUGUCUGAGUUGUCUUAUGUGUCCAUGACUCCAGAACACUUCCCCUCUCUGUUCUGUAAGGAAAUGAGUGUGGGUUAUGCCAAUGGGAUCAGGGUGAUGAGUAUGACACACACAGGAGAGCCAGGCUUCAUGCUCUACAUCCCUAUAGAGUAUGCGCUGCACGUGUAUAAUGAAGUUAUGUCAGUCGGACAGAAGUAUGGGAUCCGGAAUGCGGGCUACUACGCCUUACGGAGUCUGCGUAUUGAGAAGUUUUUUGCAUUCUGGGGGCAGGAUCUGGACUCGUUUACCACUCCACUGGAGUGCGGCCGUGAAUUCCGUGUCAAAUUUGACAAGGACACAGACUUUCUGGGUCGGGAUGCUCUGUUGCGACAGCGCGUCGAGGGAGUGACUCGGCGCUUUAUUAUGUUGAUCCUCGAGGACCACGACACAGAGCUCGACCAUUGGCCCUGGUGGGGUGAACCCAUUUACCGGAACGGCGAGCUGAUCGGUGUCACCUCCAGCAGUGCCUACAGCUACACCCUACAGCGCCACGUGUGUCUAGGCUUUGUCAGCCCGACAGAUUUGGUCGGCGCCCCAGCCGUGGUCACCCCUGAUUUCAUCAACCGUGGCGAAUAUGAGGUGGACAUCGCCGGGCAGAGGUUCCCUGCUAAAGCCAAACUCUACCCAUUCAGCUCGCUGUUUGCACAACAGAAGCGCCGCAAGGACGACAUGGAGCUCAGCAACUUCCAGGGCAAGUGAAGGUGACGAGCCGUAGUCCGCUGAAUCAAAUCUACAAACCAGAGGCACAAGAGCUCCAAUUUCAGAGUUUUGCACAGUCCACUCCAUCGAGUCCUGGAGAUUUGUGUCCAGACCGCCCUUCAGCCAGGCUUACGACGGGAGAGUGAGACGAGAGUGCACCUCUUCUCAGGGAGCCGACUUCAAAUCUCCACAUGUGCACACACUGGCAUUCUCGCAUGCCCAACACCAGAGCUGGGAGGGUUCGGAGCUGGACGACAUGGUGUGCUGCCAGACCCAUUCCUCAGACCCCCGGACGUGUUAUGAGUUGCCUGGGGUGAAGCGCUCAGGAUGCCGAGCCGCCUUCCCCUCACGCUUGCCGCGGGCCUGGGAAGACAGGCUGCCAGUGACGCCACCACCCCUUGCGCCGUGUACCUUCGAGGGGAGCGUGAGUGGCCGAUUGAAUCACCUGGACCUUCCUAUGGACACUACCCUGCCCUUUCACGGAGCUCCAUUCUCUGUUAGAUGGAAAGCCUGGAGUGGGAUGGAGAAGACACUAGGACGGCCUCCCAGCUACAGAAAAGGAGGAGGAGGUGGUCUGGAAAGGUAUCCCCUAUACAUCAAUUCUGACUGUAGGGCCUGGUUGAGGAUGUUGCAUUCUUGGGAAUGGGGGCUCUGGACUCCAUGAUUGGAUAGGAGCGUGGGAGGAGGUGCCGACGGGGUGAUGCUUGGGGGGCAGGAAAAUGUGGCAGAAUGAUCUGUUCCUCUGGCUCGUCAUCAUCUCCCCACCUCUUAGGGCUGCCCUUCAGCCAGGCUCACAACAGGAGUUGGGCGGGAGAGCGAGAAGAGUUGCAUAAUUGUUAAGCCUCAUUUAGCCAGCGGUGAAUGAAGCACACCUGAUGGGAAUAAUGCUUCAUCACUGCACACACUGGCAUCCUCAUAUACCCAGGACCAGAGCUGGGAGGUUUCGGAGCAAGACAAGAUGGUGUGCUGCCAGACCCUUUCCUCGGACCCCCAGACGUGUUAUGAGUCACCAGUGGUGAAGCUCUCACGUUGCUGCCGAUGGGCCGCAGCCGCCUUCCCCUCACCGAUUCACCCAGCUCGUGCCAGGGCCUUCCUUUGGACACUACCCCACCCUUUCACGGAGCCCCGUUCACUGCGAGGAUGCCAGAUUCCCCCUUUAUAAUGAACACUAUUUCCCCUUGGAGAUUUCAUUACCCCUUUUGGACGUUUUAUAAUUUAUUUCCAAUAAAUGCCUCUCUCUUUACGCCUCACCCACUGUGUCUGUUUCUUGCUCACCCUGCCACACGCACAUUAUGAAUACUCCUUAUUGCUAAUUGAUUUCACAUAGUGAUAACCACAAUUGGUUAACAUAUACUGUAAAAGGAGGGGUGUAAACACUGGCAAUUUCUUUCAACAUGGAGCAGGAUAUACAGCAAGGAUUAGGAAGAGCUCAUGGACAAGGGAUCUGUCAGAGAGUUGGGCAUGGGCACUAACAGAGAGGUCAGAGACGUGUGCAUGGGGCCUGUCGAAGGGUUGGUUGUCAGAGAGAUGGAGGUAGAACUAUAUGAAGAUACUAUAUGUCUAUAAUGAAGUUUGGGCCAUCAUCGUAGAUCAUGUGGUGAACUGAGGCCUUACUAUGGCUGCCUGAUUAGUUGAUCCAAAUUUAAAAAGAUCAACUGUCAAUUCUAUCAUACAAACUUUUUGCCAAGAAAACUGGUAAAUCUGGAGGAUAUAUACUAUGCUUUACCAUUACAUUUACAGUAAAUUGUAAUGCAUGUGAAUUCAUAAAACAUGUUACAAUUUUAUUACAAUUUGAUCUGUUGACAGUAUACUCUGUUCUAUGCUUAGAAUUGACAGAAAACCCCAUAGUGGUGGCCGUGGCCAUGUGCUGACCAGCCAGCAGGAAUGGGCAGUAGUGGAAAUGUUGAGGGCCAGAACAAUGACACCUUUGCCAAUGUGGCAUCCAUCAGCCUUCCAACAGUAGCAGACCUUUUGAAGAGGCACCAGGUAUCAAUGAAACACAUUUACCUGGUGCCUUUUGAGAGAAACAAUGACUAGGUAAAACAACUGAGGGCUGAGUAUGUUCAGGUACAGCACUAUAUACUGUAUUACUAUUUGAUGCAUCAUCUACUUCAUAUAUAUAUUGGAACUACACUGUAAAAAUAACUAAACAAAAUAUAUUUGAAUAUAUUUUGAAAUUUAUGAGGAAAUAUAUAUAUAUAUAUAUAUAUAUAUAUAUAUAUAUAUCAAAUAUAUAUAUAUAUAUAUCAAAUAUAUGAGGAAAUGGAGGUGGAAGGUCUAUGAUCCUCUUGAGCGCACCACCCUCCUUCAGGCCAUAGAUGAGGCAUGUGAUGACAUCAGUGUAGACCAAUGUCAAGCUUGGAUUUGCCAUGCCAAAAGGUUUUUCCCAAGGUGCAUGAAAAAUAAUGUCAUUCAUUGUGAUGUGGAUGAGAAUCUAUGGCAAAUGAUCAAGACAGGCUUGAUCUAAAUGAAAGUAAUGUGAGCUAAAUGUUAUGUUUUGUUUUCAUUUAGUUCAUUUGUUUUAUUUAACUGUGUACAUUUGUUUAUAGAGAGUAUACCUAUGUUACAAGUAUAUCUGAAAAGAACAAUUUGCCCAAAUGAUUGUAGAGGAUGUCUUCAUUGAUCACAACUUGAUAACACAUAGGAUAGAUAUUAUGGAAAUUAUAGAGUCUGUAAAUGUUGGGUAAUGUAAGUGUAUUGCCUGAUUUGAAAACUGUGGAAUCUGUCUUUUACAGUACUGUAGCAUAUUACUCUACUUCUAAGGGUGAUUUGAAACAUGUAUCUUGCAUUGUUUGUUAUUGAUUCACUGGUGGUUAAUGACUAAAAUGAAAAGAUAUCAUUAUGUUGUGUUUUGGUGAUUAAACCAUAUGUUCUCAUGGCCUUUCACAAGAAACGUAUAUUUUUAAUCAAUGGUUGUGUAGUGAGAGAUGUUUGCAAUCCAAAUGAAUGCACAAUAGCAAGUUUUGAGUGAAAGACUGGCUGCAUUACAAGUGUGAUGAGUUUGGAGUUAUGUACUAAGAGUUGUGAUGUUUUACCACAUACUUGCGAUUAUAGUACCAAAGCGAUCAACAAAAUCUGUAAAUACGUUGCUGGAGUAUAAUUACAGCAGUGUAUUCAGCUGUGAGAGGAAGUCAGUGUACCAUCUUUAACUAUGUUUAUUUCAUUUCUAUACGUGUGUGUGUGUGUGUGUGUGUGUGUGUGUGUGUGUGUGUGUGUGUGUGUGUGCGCGCAUUUGAAAUAAAGUUGACCUCAAGACCAACCACUUCCAAAAGUAACAUAGAUUUGUGUGUAAGAGAAUAAUUAAUAGAAGACUGACUGUACACAGAUGUCAUGAACAAUGAGAUAACAGACACACUAUUUUAUACUUUGGCAGGCUUAAGGAUGCCUGGGAAAAUGGCUUAAGGGCCAUUCAUAAGAAACACAUUUUGUUUAUAUUUUCUAUAUAAACAUGCAUUAGAGGUCUUUAGCCAUUGUGCUCUGCCCUGCUGUUGCU